AUGAGAUUGGACUUUUCUCACCUGCCCGGCGAACUGUCUAGUAGGCCUGGCGACUGUGAUAUCACUUGCACCGACGAACGCCGCGAGAUGGGCAUCGAUGAGAUGGCCGCUGCAUUAGAGCGUGAAGCGAUUUUUCAUGAUCUUAUGGGCACAUCGCCGUCUUCUGUCGACGUGGCUGCUGAAGACGCCUCCAUGUCAUCAAUGCUACAGGCUGCCUCAUUAUCUGAGCGGAGAGAAGUAAAUGACUGA